AUGGUCUUCGAAGAUUGGUUCAAUGACCACUUCAUACCAGCAAUGGAAUGGUAUUUGUCCUCAAAAGGUCUGCCUUUUAAGGUUCUUCUAGUUUUAGACAAUGCCCCUGGUCACCCUUUAAAUUUGAGCAACAUGCACCCUAAUGUGAAGGUGGUGUACCUUCCACCAAAUACAACAUCGCUCAUACAGCCGAUGGACCAGGGAGUAAUUGCUAACUUCAAGGCAUACUACCUUAGAAGGACAAUACGCUCUGCUUUGAGGGCUAUUGAAGGUAACAUGGAGUUGACUUUGAAGCAGUUUUGGAAGGGCUACAACAUCGGAGAUGCAGUCAGGAAUAUUGUAAGUGCUUGGGACGAGGUGAAGACAACCACUUUAACAGAAGAUGUCGAAACUGUGACAAGGAAAAUCGUAGGGCUAAGCAAGAUGCUGAAACUAGACUUGGAAGCUGAGGAUGUCACAGAGCUGCUGGCAUCCCAUGGAGAGGAGUUGUCAUCAGAGGACCUCAUUAAACUGGAGCGGCAGAUGAUUGAGGAGGAGUUAGAGGUUCCAGACCCAAAACCCAGGGCAUUAACUGUCAAAGGCUUGUCAGACGGUUUUUUUACUCAUCUGGAGAGAGCUUUGGCUUCUUUUGAGAGAGGAAACCCUAAUGUUGCCAGGUUUGACAGAAUUCGGAGAGGGAUCCUGGUAAUUGGUAACGAUAAAGAACCCUGA